CCUCUCAGGUCGGGACACCAACAAGGCACUGGCCUUGGUUGCUGAGAAAGCUGCAGCAGAUUGUUAUCGUGUGGAAGGGAUGUGGUGGCAUAAAUGUUUGGCUGAUGUUAGUCCGUCUCACAGGAGCUCAGCAGGACAGUGGGUGUGUGUGUGAUCUCAUCACUGCCAGGACUACAAGACGUGCCACAGCUGUGAGGCUUCAGCAUCAGGACCAUGUUCUCCUCCGUUGACCCGUACAAAAACCAGCACUACGCUGACCUGAAGAGCGCCUGCAUCAAGAGCAAGACUCUCUUCGAGGACCCAGAGUUCCCGGCCACCAAUGCAUCGCUGUUUUAUAGGAGACCACCGCCUGGGCUUGUGGAGUGGAAGAGACCAGGGGAGAUCAGCAAUGAGCCGCAUCUGUUUGUGGAGGGCAUCAGCUCCCAUGACCUGAACCAGGGGGUUGUGGGUAAUUGCUGGUUUGUGGCUGCAUGCUCCUGUCUGGCUUUGAAGCCACACCUCUGGAAGAAGGUAAUUCCUGACUCAGAUGAGCAGGAGUGGGACCCCAAGCACCCUGAAAACUACGCUGGAAUCUUCCACUUCCAGUUCUGGGUGUUCGGUCAGUGGGUGGACGUGGUGGUUGACGACCGGCUGCCCACAAUCAAUGGAGAACUCAUCUACUGCCACUCGAAAUUCAACAACGAAUUCUGGAGUGCUCUUCUAGAGAAGGCCUAUGCCAAGCUGUCUGGCUGCUAUGAGUCUUUGGAAGGGGGCAACACUGGAGACGCCGUGGUGGAUUUCAGCGGCGCUGUGUCAGAGGUCAUCAACCUGGAGGAAGAAGCCUACUACAAAGACCAGAAGAAGCAAGAUCAGCUCUUUGAGGACCUGUUAAAAGUCUACGACCGUGGAGGAAUCAUCAGCUGCUCCAUUAAGGCAUCACCACAUGAAAUUGAGAUGAGGAUGGCUAAUGGGUUGGUGAAAGGCCAUGCAUACUCAAUAACAGCAGUGAAGAGGGUGCGUUUGGGCCACGGGCUGCUGGCCUACUUCAAGAACGAAACCAUUCCUCUGAUACGCAUGAGGAACCCCUGGGGCAAGACCGAGUGGAAAGGAGCCUGGAGUGACAGCUCUGAAGAAUGGACAAAAGUUGGAGACACAGAGAGGGGCAACCUUGGCAUCACAGUAGAGGACGACGGGGAGUUCUGGAUGUCCUUCUCAGACUGGUGUAAGAACUUCACAGACACAGAUGUGUGCCGUCUCAUUAACACCGCUCUGAUAAGCAUCCACAAGACGUGGCACGAAUCGAUGCAUUUUGGGAGCUGGACCAAACACGCAGAACCUCUGUUCAAUCGCUGCGGUGGCUGUGCGAACCAUAAACAGACAUUCCUGCAGAACCCACAGUAUCUGUUUGAUGUGACGAAGGAGGUGGACGAGGUGCUGAUUUCGCUCCAGCAGAGAGACAUGAAGAUCCACCGGCAAAUCGGCCAGGGAGAAAAUCUCACCAUCGGCUUCAGCGUCUUCAAGGUGGAACUGAACAGGAAAUAUCGGCUGCACGACAUCCUGACCCAGCAGUGUGUGGAGACGUCUACCUACAUCAACGCCCGCACGGUGUUUAAGAGGUGCAUGCUGCCCAUGGGACGCUACAUCAUCAUCCCCACCACCUUCAAGCCUCAGAUCCUGGGGGAGUACAUGAUCCGCGUUUUCACCGACGUGGACUCGGGUUGCAGGGAGCUGACAGAAGACAAGCCCAGGGCCGGGUGCUGCGCCUCGUUCCUCGGUUAUCCCCAAGCUGUGAGUCACGUCUACGUCCAUGGAGCUGAGGGUCUGCAGAACCAAGACAGCUCAGGAGGAGCAGACCCCUAUGUGAUCAUAUCCUGUGAGGGUCACUCUGUACAGUCUACAGUCCAGCGGGACACUCUGGAGCCAGAGUUUAAAACCUCAGGCAUUUUCUACAGAAAGAAGCCCAGGAAGCCCAUAUGUGUGGAGGUGUGGAACCGUAACGCGGUGAAGGACCAGUUCAUGGGCCAGGUGGUGCUGUCCGGGCUGGUGAAGGACACCACCGAACCUCAGAGGCUUCAGCUGAGGAAACAAGGCCGGCAAAUGGCCGACGAGAUGCCCGGGACCAUCAGCCUGAGGAUCAUCACCUCCAACCAGCUGACUGAUAUGUGAUCAGCGCUAAAGAUGUGACUGUUGUGAAGCGAGUUGAAGUUUCUGUUUUUGACCAUUUUACGACCAUGCCUGUGUCAACAUUUAUAAAAAAAAAAAAAGAAUCCUUACAUUAUUUGCACCUUGGUGAAUCUUUCCCAAAGUUGAGAACUGAUCAGAAUACUAUCAGACAGACUGAAUGUCAAUUCCUGUUAUUGUUUUUUUU